UGAAGUACUACGUAAACGACCUUGCGACUUCUGCACCCAAGAGAGGUUCAAAUCCAAAACCCUCACUGUUCACCUUCUUCUGCCACAUGACCAUCUCAAUCGCCAACGCGAUAUUCUGAACUACCAGACCCCAAGUCUAUCCUAGUAAUUGGCGAGUUCCUUGAACUGCAACUUCAACAGAUUCCCGAGGCAACGGCUUCUGGGACAUCCCGGUUGCCAACUUGCGGCUACCCACUUGCUGUAGUUAGGGAAAGAUGAUCGAGCCAUCGCAGCGCCUUCGACGGGCAGUCCAGGUCAAUGAUGCCAUCCUCGUCCAACGAAUCAUAAAAUCGCAUCCGAAGCUGAUACACAACCCUGAAACCUCUCCGGCUGGUCUUUCCAACUCCAAUCUACACGUUGCCGCCAGCCUGGGCUACCUUCAGAUUUGCAAAGUCCUGGUCCAGUGUGGCCACGAGGACCCCACCCCUGCCCUCAACGAACACCAUCAGACUGCGCUGAUGUUAGCCGCUUCCAAAGGCCACACCGAAGUUGUUCACUUUCUCUCCGAAAACGACCCUUCAACUAUUACGCGACGCGAUAUCCGGGGUCGCGAUGCGAUCAUGGAGGCUAGUUUAGGUGGUCACGAUACAGUAGUGCAAAUCUUGUUGACAUAUGCGCCGGGCGGGGCAACCGCUGCCGUCCAAGCCGCCGACAUCGAUGGUAACACUGCUCUCCACUUUGCCAGCAGCAUUGGCAACUAUUUUGUGCUUCGCACACUUCUCGCUGCAGGGGCAGAUGCCGAAAAGCGGAAUAUUUGGAGUUGGACGGCCGUCGCGUACAGUGCUACAGUGCAGGCCGAGGUAUACCUCAAGGGUCUAGUCAACGAGGUUCAAAAGAGACGGCGUGCUAAGAGCGAGGCUGAAGAAAUGAGGAAGGGAGGCGCGGUCAGGAUCGUGGAAGACUCCGUUGCUGAAGACUGAGCAUGAUCGCAGUAUCAAGCGCUGCACUGCUUGCUGUCUUGUCUCAAUAUGUCAGCGGACCGAAUGCAAAUGUCAAAUGAGUGUACAAGUCACACUAUUCCAGUAUAUCGCAUGAUCGUCGGCAAACGGCAAUAAGCAGCAUGGAGGGGGUUAUCUGCUUGGUCUUCAAGGCG